CUCGGCAUAAACCUUCGCUUAGGGUUUUUCCUCUGCUGAAGCUAAAGCUCGAUCCUUUCGCACUCUAUCCACAGAAAUGGCGUCUCAAAUCUUCUCCCGCGCCUUCCCUAAAUCUCUGACCUCAGCCUUCUUCUAUUCUCGCUCUCUUUCAUCCGCCAUCAGCGCCACUUCAUCUGCUCCUCUCCCCGUCGGGGCUCGUUUCCCCCUCUCCGCCCUUGCGUUCCUCCGCCGCCUCCGCCCCCUCGCUGUCGCUUCUGCUGAUAUCCAUCGCCGCAUGGUUGCGCCUCCCACCUUGCGAACCUUCUCAACCCGUGCGACUUCCUCUUCGCUCAAUGAUCCCAACCCCAACUGGUCGAACCGGCCUCCUAAAGAGACCAUCUUGCUUGAUGGAUGUGAUUUUGAGCAUUGGCUUGUUGUCAUGGAGAAGCCCGAAGGUGAACCCACCAGGGACGAGAUCAUUGAUAGCUAUAUCAAAACUUUGGCUCAAGUGGUGGGCAGUGAAGAGGAGGCCAGGAUGAAGAUAUAUUCAGUUUCAACUAGACACUACUUUGCAUUCGGGGCCCUUGUAUCAGAAGAACUUUCGUACAAACUGAAGGAAUUGCCUAGAGUUCGGUGGGUUCUUCCUGAUUCAUAUUUGGAUGUCAAGAACAAAGAUUAUGGAGGUGAACCCUUUAUAAAUGGGCAAGCUGUUCCAUAUGAUCCCAAGUAUCAUGAAGAAUGGGUAAGGAACAAUGCUCGAGCAAAUGAAAGGAACAGGCGCAAUGAUAGGCCUCGAAAUGCUGACAGGUCAAGGAAUUUUGAGAGGAGAAGGGAAAAUAUUGUGAACAGAGAUAUGCAGGGCAGACCUCCUAUGCAGGCUGCUAGUCCUAACAUGACUGGAGUCCCUCCAAGCCAACCUGGUGGGGUCCCUCCAAGCCAACCUGGUGGGGUCCCUCCAAGCCAACCUGGUGGAUUCCCUCCAAGCCAACCUGGUGGAUUCCCUCCAAGCCAACCUGGUGGAUAUCCUCCUAGUAACCCUGCUGGAUAUCCACAUCAACAAGGUGGAUACCCUCCCAACAAUCCAAGCGGAUAUGCUGCCACCAACCCAGGCGGGUACCCUUCCAACAAUCCAGGGGGAUACCCUUCCAGCAAUGCGGGUGGGUACCCUUCUAGCAAUCCAGGGGGAUACCCUCCCAACAACAACCCAGGCGGGUACCCUGCCAACAACAACCCAGGCGGGUACCCUCCCAGCAACAACCCAGGGGGAUACCCUCCCAACAACCCAGGCGGAUACCCUCCCAGUCAAAUGGGUGGAUUCCCUCCCCAUAACAUGGGCGGAGGCCCUCCUAACAGCCAGGGAAACAUGCCACCGAGCAAUAUGGGAGGGGCGCCAUCAAAUCAGAACAUGGGAGGGGCUCCACCAAAUGCAGGAUGGUCCGGUAGAGACUAUUAGUUUAGUUUAGUUACACUUGAAACUAGGAUAAUGAAGGCGCAGCUGGCGGGAGUCAAUAUUCUACUUGAGAUGAUUGGCACAUAUGGCAGUCUUGUGGCCAUGUAGAUAAUGAAGAACUGUGUCCAAGACAAUCUGGGGUGUAUGGCAUGUGUUGGAAAAAUUCUAAAUUUUUUAGUUUUGCUUGUCAAUCCAAUGAAUUAUGAAUCUUUAUGUUGAGUAAUGGAACAACUACAUCAUUUUUGCAGUUAAGAUUAUUUUGUUAUUUUAAA